UGUGUCAGGUAACGAUGACGACAAAGUAGCAGAAAGAGGAAGUUUCCCUGUUAACUACUGGGUAAUGCGCUUGCGCAGUGACGUGCUGAAGUAGUGAUGGCGGUGUUUGUCCCGUUCCUCUUCUUGGUUGCGGUGACCCAGGCGGCGGCCCAGGAGGGGAUUCUCCGGGUGAAUGUCAUGGACAGUGUGCUAUCGGCGCAAGAGUUCUGCGUCCUCUUCAACCCUGCCUGGAUGCCUUUGCCCAGAUCCCUGGACAACGCGACCAUGUACCCGUUACAAAACCUGACCAGCACCACGCUCUGUAACUCAACAGAUGUCCCUCCUGAGGGUAUAAAGGACAAGCUGGUGGUUGUGAUGCGGGGGGACUGUACGUUUGUGAGGAAGGCGAGGAUUGCCAUGAAAAAUCACGCAAAAGCACUUGUGAUUGCCUCUACUGAUACUUUGAUUCCUCCUUCAGGCAAUCAGUCCGACUACGAGGAGCUGAAAAUCCCAGUGGCUUUAAUCAGCUACGAUGAUGUACUGUCCAUGAAAAAGGUGCUAGGGAAUCAGAUUUCAGCCACACUCUAUUCCCCUCCCGUGCCUUCAGUGGACUACAGCAUCCUGAUCAUCUUCACCAUUGCUGUUGGAACAGUUGCACUUGGAGGUUACUGGAGUGGAAGAGAAGAGCAUGAAAGUGAAAGUUCAUCACUGUCGGCGUCCGGAGCAAAGCCUCAGGGGAGGAGCAAGAGUGACGAGUCAUCCGCCAUCUUAACUCCCGUUACAGUACUGUUUUUCGUUGCCGUCUGUUUCGUGAUGAUUGUCCUUUUGUACUUCUUCUACAGGUGGCUAGUGUACGUGGUUAUUGCAAUCUUCAGUGUGGCUGCAGCUGUCAGUCUGUAUAACUGCCUGGCCGAACUCCUGCGGAGGGUCCCAUGCUGCAAAUGCAACUUCUCCUGCAUUAACAGAAGAAUCGAAGUACGCUUGCUGUUGCUCGGGAUGUUAUGUCUGGCGGUUUCUGCAGUGUGGGUUGUGUUUCGGAACAAGGACAGAUGGGUAUGGGCUCUGCAUGACUGUCUAGGAGUUGCUUUUUGCCUUAACUUCAUGAAGACCCUGAAGAUGCCUCACUUUAAGUCCUGCGUCAUUCUGCUGGUCCUCCUCCUCAUCUAUGAUGUCUUCUUCGUCUUCAUAACUCCAUACUUCACACCGAAUCACGAGAGCAUCAUGGUGGAGGUGGCUACGGGAUCUGGAGCAAGUUCCAGUGAAAAGACCACGGAAAGCAACUUAAUGGAACUUGCUGUUGCACGAGUGACCCACAAUGAAAACCUGCCUGUAGUUAUCAGAGUGCCAAGACUGGUGCCAUCUGUUGCAACCUUGUGUGGAUUGCCGUUUUCCGUGUUGGGCUUUGGUGAUAUUAUUGUACCUGGAUUAUUGGUUGCUUACUGCCGAAGAUUUGAUGUGCAGACAAGAAGUGGUGGCAUCUAUUUUAUUCUGUGUACUUUAGCGUACGCUGUGGGCAUGGUUUUAACCUUUGUGGUCCUGAUUGUUAUGAAGAUGGCACAGCCUGCCCUGCUCUACCUCGUACCCUGUACCCUCAUCACCUGCACUCUGACGGCCAUGGCACGCAAGCAGCUGAAAAUGUUUUGGGCAGGAAGUGGUUAUGAGGUUUUGGAUGGCAGCAGGACUCCGUUGUUACAAGAUGAUGAGUCCAGUCGGAACAGUGAGCGAAGAGACUGAUGCUGCUCUGAUUGAGCCUGUGUCAGGGAAUCCCUGAAAGAUGCCACUUACUGCGUUACCACUAAUUUUCUCUAUAUAUUUUGCUACCAAAUAAUUAGAAAACUCUAGGGCAAAUCCGGAAGAUGGUGGCCUGACAAUGACUAACUCUGAGCACAAGUUUCUACGUUGAAAUAUUUUUGUAAUGACUAAUGAUUUUCCUGAAUCAGAGAAUCCAUGAUGCACUUUUAUGCCUUCAGAAACUGGUGUAAGAGCCAUUGUUAAGCAUUUUAUAUGAAGUUUCAGUUAAUCUGGUCAAACUUUUCUGGUUCCUCUUGCACUAAACUGCUCGAUUUGCUAUCACUUGCUUGCUACCCUGAUGAAAGCCAGAAAGGCACAUUGAGGUAAAAACAAUGUCCAAUGGCUCAUGGCAGUCACUGAAUAGUUCUUGUGGACCAUCUCGAAGUGUCAGUGAGAUCCACCUCUGCCCCAACCAGACAGGUUUGACCACAUUAAUUCAUGUGAGGGUAAAGAUUAAACUGUACUGCUGUGUAAUAUGAUUUGCAUUUAACUUUGAAAUGCAUUCUGUGGAAAAGGGUGGUCUACAAAGUUUGUACUCCUACAAAUGAAAACUGAAAUUCUACAUGUUGCAAUUUGCAUAAGGGAAUGUAACUUCUGAAAUAUUUUAUUAAAUACAUUUGCAAAUG